AUGUUCCAGCUGCCCAUCCUCAAUUUCAGCCCCCAGCAAGUGGCCGGGGUCUGCGAGACCCUGGAGGAGAGCGGGGACAUCGAGCGCCUGGGCCGCUUCCUCUGGUCCCUGCCGGUGGCCCCCGCGGCAUGCGAGGCCCUGAACAAGAACGAGUCGGUGCUGCGAGCCCGGGCCAUCGUGGCCUUCCACACGGGGAACUACCGGGAGCUCUACCACAUCCUGGAGAACCACAAGUUCACCAAGGAGUCGCACGCCAAGCUGCAGGCCCUCUGGCUGGAGGCGCACUACCAGGAAGCCGAGAAGCUGCGGGGCCGACCCCUGGGGCCGGUGGACAAGUACCGGGUGCGGAAGAAGUUCCCGCUGCCCCGCACCAUCUGGGACGGGGAGCAGAAGACGCAUUGCUUCAAGGAGAGGACGAGGCACUUGCUGCGGGAGUGGUACCUGCAGGACCCUUACCCCAACCCCAGCAAAAAGCGAGAACUGGCCCAGGCUACCGGACUUACUCCUACACAAGUGGGCAACUGGUUCAAAAACCGCAGACAAAGAGACAGGGCAGCGGCCGCUAAGAACAGGCUACAGCAGCAGGUCUUCUCCCAAGGCUCGGUGCGCUCGCUGCAGGCCGAGGAGGAGAGCGCAGGGGAGCCGCUGGGGGCCGCCUCCAGCCCCGCCGCCAGCCUGUCCAGCAAAGCGGCCACCUCUGCCAUUUCCAUCACAUCCAGCGACAGUGAAUGUGACAUCUGACACAACAGCCAAGACAGAACAGGGGGGGAGCGACCGAGCUAAACACAGUGCCUGCCUGCCUCCAGAACACCCGGGCUCGCGUCCCCACUCGGAGCCUCCCCCAGGGCGCCAUGACCCAUGAGCGCGUUCCGGCUUAGACCCCCAAGAGACUCAUUCACAGAAAUGU